UCGCUCUGUAGUGCCGCACUCUCUUGUCUACCGUCUUCAGCGCCCGGAGUAAUCCGCCGAAUUCCAUCAGUGCCUUCCUAGCUUCUCAGUUUCCAAUGGCCCUCUAUUUUCUCCUUUCCAACCCCCGCCUUGGCGCCGCUCACAAACGAGUACUCCAGGGCUCAGAAAUGGCACGCUCGUCCCAGAUUUAUUUUUAAUAUCAACUCCAAAUUAUUGACUCUUGGGCAUUAGUGCAACUGUAUGAAAUCAUGGCUGGUUAUAAGCCUGCAGCUAUUCAGACAUAUCCUGUACUUGGUGAAAAAAUCACCCAAGAUACUCUGUACUGGAACAACUAUAAGACCCCUGUUCAGAUUAAAGAAUUUGGCGCAGUGUCAAAAGUAGAUUUUUCCCCUCAGCCUCCAUAUAACUAUGCUGUCACCGCUUCUUCAAGAAUUCACAUUUAUGGCAGAUACUCCCAAGAACCUAUCAAAACUUUUUCCCGAUUUAAAGACACAGCGUACUGUGCUACUUUCCGACAAGAUGGUAGAUUGCUUGUGGCUGGUAGUGAAGACGGUGCAGUUCAGCUCUUUGAUAUAAGUGGGAGGGCUCCCCUCAGGCAGUUUGAAGGUCACACAAAAGCAGUUCAUACAGUAGAUUUUACAGCUGAUAAAUACCAUGUAAUCUCUGGGGCUGAUGAUUAUACUGUUAAAUUAUGGGAUAUACCAAACUCCAAAGAAAUUCUGACAUUCAGAGAACAUUCUGAUUAUGUAAGGUGUGGAUGUGCUAGCAAACUGAACCCAGAUCUCUUUGUAACAGGGUCUUAUGAUCAUACUGUGAAGAUGUUUGAUGCGCGAACAACUAAGAGUGUUCUCUCUGUUGAGCAUGGGCAGCCAGUGGAGAGUGUCCUGCUUUUUCCCUCUGGAGGUCUUCUGGUGUCUUCAGGAGGUCGUUAUGUUAAAGUCUGGGACAUGUUAAAAGGAGGACAGUUGCUUGUAUCUUUGAAAAAUCAUCACAAAACUGUGACAUGUUUAUGUCUGAGCAGCUCUGGACAAAGGUUACUUUCUGGCUCGCUGGAUAGGAAGGUGAAAGUAUAUAGCACAACUUCCUACAAAGUAGUCCACAGUUUUGAUUAUGCAGCUUCAAUUUUGAGUCUUGCGCUUUCACAUGAAGAUGAGACGAUAGUGGUUGGAAUGACCAAUGGAAUUCUAAGUGUUAAACAUCGGAAAUCUGAAACAAAGAAGGAUUCUCUUCCAAGGAGAAGGAGGCCUGCAUACCGAACCUUUAUUAAAGGGAAAAAUUACAUGAAGCAACGGGAUGACAUUUUGAUCAACAAACCAACGAGGAAAUAUCUGGAGUUAUAUGACAGGGAUCUGAAAAAUUUUAGGAUCUCUAAAGCACUUGAUAGAGUCCUUGAGCCUAGUUGUAUAAUAAAGACACCAGAAGUUACAGUUUCCAUCAUAAAGGAGCUAAAUCGAAGAGGAGUGCUUGCAAAUGCACUUGCAGGUCGGGAUGAGAAGGAAAUUAGUCGUGUUCUGAAUUUUUUGAUAAGGAAUCUGUCUCAGCCAAGAUUUGCACCUGUUUUGAUCAAUGCUGCUGAAAUAAUUAUUGACAUAUAUCUGCCUGUGAUUGGUCAGUCACCUGUAGUGGAUAAAAAGUUUUUAGUACUUCAAGGACUUGUAGAAAAAGAGAUUGAUUACCAAAGGGAACUCCUAGAAACCUUGGGGAUGAUGGACAUGCUUUUUGCUACCAUGACAAGGAAAGAAAGCACUUCUGUGUUGGAACCUAGAUCUGCUGAAUUUCUAGAGAAGAAGAUGGAAUCAUAGUACCUGCUCAGUAAGACAAAAAGAACUCCUAGUUUAGAAUAGAUUUGACUACUAAUUAUUGGAAAGAGACUCUCUUGGACACAUUUAAAAGGACUGUCACAGAAGCGAUUUUAUAGAAGAGACUGGGAUGACUGUGACUGGAAACUAAGUACCUGUGUUAAAACACGGCUUUCCGUGUAGUGGAAUUAUGGUGUGCCGUCCUCAGCUGGAAGGUGGUAUUUAUCUUGGUUCCAGUGUCUACCUACCUUGGAUGAGUUAAUGUUGAUUUAGUCCAGCACAGUUCUCUGUCAGCAGCUGGGUAGGCAUUCGAGUGGGGGUUCAGGUAGGGAGCCUCUGGACAGGGUUCCAACUGGGAGUCCUGCCAGAGCAACCCCUGUGUGGGGGUUUUGUUUGUUUUGUUAUUUCUAGCAUAGAAAACAGCAAAAACAUGACAACAGGAAGAAGACUUUUUCGGUCAGUGCACUUGGGAUUCCCAGGCUCCUGCUUCACUGGUCUCCAUCCUCGAUGGCAUUGCUGAUUUGGACCUGUGCUCUCCUUCAGCUGGUGCGGGACUGUAUUCCCAGUGUGUAGCUCAUCAGCUGCUCAGCUCCGAGUCACUGAGGCUGGAUGAUAUCUAGGAUAUAAAGCAGAUUGGGGGCUGGGGAUUUAGCUCAGUGGCACAGUGCCUGCCUGGCAAGUGCAAGGUCGUGAGUUCAAUUCCUGGUACUGGGGAAAAAAAAAAAAAAAAAAAAAAAAAUUGUUAAACCAGAUUGGAUGCCUGUGAAUUGUGCUUUCCCCUCCAGGUUUUCCUUUCCGUUUCCUUAAUGUUGACCUCCUCCUUAUUGGCACGGUCGACAGAUAGACCCAAUUGGACCACUGUCUUCCCUUGCUUUCCGUAUGCUGCCUUUUUACCAAGUUUUCCCCAUCCUUCAGGUCGGUGAUUGAGACAGAUUUGUCAUUUCUCCUCUACUACGUACCUUUUCAGCCCAAUGCACGUGUAUUUGGAGUUCAUAGCUACCUAAUCAUCCAAAAAACUGUUUUCUUUGAUCUGUAUGUAGAUUUUUUUCUUUGGUUCUUCAUAAUUAUCUUGUUCAGAACCUCAAACCAGAACAGCUUGCUUUGAAGUUGUGUUUUUGCAAGUUCGAUGUGAACCAUGUGUUUUAUAAAGGUUCUUAUUUUUAUCUUGGCUUUCUGUGAUGUAUCACUUCCUCAUGGCCUGUCAGUGGCUGCUGACUCCUCGCGCACUGAUUCACAGUUGCUCUUUCACCUUCGCCAUCCUCAUCUCACUCAGCAGUGUGGGCAUUGCUGCUACAGUGUGUCCAGAAGAAUCCUGAGAGGAAGAAUAUUAUAGUGGAAAUCUCCUUGCCUACUUUCAGUUCUAUAAAUUCCGAUUUUCUUGCAGCAGAAAGAAGUGAGAUGUGUGUUCUAAUAAGAACAUGUGGUCAUGAGUGUGGAUAGUUUCCCUCUGAAUUGAUAAAAGCAGUCAUGCUGCACAGCAGCUUGUAAGUAGCCAGGAGUGCCUCCCUCAGUGAGAUUGGUCAGGUCAGAUGCUGUAUUUGGGAGUUGAGAAGAGUUAAUUUAUUUUAAAUGUUUUUACUUAAGAACUUUUUAAAAAAAGAAUUAACUUUGUAAUUAUGCUUAUAAUUUGUAUACUAGUAAAAAAUGAGAAGUUGAAAUUUUAGCUAAAAUUGUAGCUACUAUGAGUUGGGUAAUGUCAGAGUUUCUCCUCCAUUACAGCAGACCCUUGAGUUACGACUGGCCUGCGCUAUGAAUAGCUUGGGUUAUGACAGGAAUUUUAUUUGUAACUUAUGACCAAAUCUUGAAUUACGACCCAAAUGCUGGCCACUUGUGCUUCUGGAUGGUCUCAGAUACAGAUUUAACCCUUAAGGCGCUCUGGAAGGAACAUUACAGCACCCUUUCCUGUAUGGGCUUAGUUGAGAAACCCUGGGCCAGUGUCUCUGUAAGGACACUGAGAUCCGCCUGUACACAGGAGAGAGACUCUGAAGGCUGUAGAGGAGCCUGAGCCUUCAAUUGACAACCUGAGUUCCAACCAGCCCCGGGGAACGCAGUGAGUUCCUAAGUCAAGGGUCCACUGUAUUUCAUGUGAUUUUCACCACAGCCUCCUAAGGUUGGAGUAAUUCUUACUUAACAUUGAAGUAAUUAAAGCAGUUAAAUUUGCCCUGGAAGCCCCAAACUGGGGUUCCUGGUUCCAGCAUUGGUCCAGUCUCCUGGGACCUGAAGUGCUCAUUUCUUUUAAUGAAAUCUCAUCAGGAUCUGCAGUUCUUAAAUAGGUAGUGAUUAUAACUUUUUUGAAAGAUUAGGAGACAGUUCCUAUAGUUAGUAUCUUUGUGUUCAGGAGUAAUUUUUAUACUCCUUGAGACUAGUAUUUGUUAUUUGAAGGACCUUAACAUAUUUGAUAUAGUACAAUAUCAAUUAUGUAACAUUGGCCUUAAGAUUCUAAUUCCUAGUAGAGUUUUAGACUUGUGAUUUUCAGUUGGAAAGUAUUUUAUAAUGUUAUUAAAUGUGCAGAAAAUAUUUUGGAGAACUUCGAAGUCAUUAUACUUUUGAUGUAUUAUGUUGAUAAGAGUUAAGCACCUGGGAAAGUUUUGUGUUGGGUCAGGCAUUCGAAGUGCUGUUUAAAAGAAUCAGAUUUUGUAAAUGUAAAUGCUAUUAAAUUUUUUAAAGGAAUUUGAAUUGUACAUGAGACCUUUGGAAGCAAUUUAGUUUGUUCAACAUUUACAUUGAAUACCAGCAGACAUUAAUUAAAGGCUCCCUUGGAAGUGUUUAUUAAAA